AUGGUGGAAAAUCGUCACACAGGACAGGCUCUGUUAUUCUUCUCAAGUUUACCUGACUUGAAAAGACUGUGUGUGGUGACCCUGACCGUCAAGAGGGUAUCCAAAACUUCCACGAGUAACGGCCCUGCAACCGGCAAGUUUCAACUACAGAUCACUAAAUGCAGAGAACUCAUCUUCACUGAAGCUGGGAUCCUGGCAUCUCCAUCAGUAGACGACUAUGAUACCAUCAACAUUAUUGUCCAGAGCUCCAUCUAUGAGUCAGGAAAGCUGAAGCCGAGGUUUGAGAAGAUGAACCUGUCUGUGUCAGAGGUCAGCGAUGUCACCCUCUCCCUGCUCCAGUCCUGUCUGAUGUACACCAUGGUCGCCAGGCUGGCACCCAACUGGAACAAAGUAGGGGACAUACUUGUACAAGGGAGAGAUUUUCUGAUGUGCAAGGGACCAAUGAAUGCAGUCAAGGUGCAGAUGACAGCCUGUGCUGACGAAGUGUGCAUGGCAGUUGAAGCAAAGACUGUGAAACUUCCACAAACAAAGAUUGAAGACUUUGCAGUUGACCCACAGGCUUCCUGGAUCUUCUAUAACAACCCAUAUGCAGUCAUCUCUGAGCAUUUCAUUGAAGAUCGAUGGUGCUACGUUUUGCCCAGCAACAAGAAAGGGCAAGUGAUCUCAGUCACCCGCCAGCUCCCAGAAAACUGUCCAUUCCAAGGCUACAAAGACCUGCGCAGACACUGGAAGAACACGUGUGACAUCGUGGAGCUGAUGAGGACAGACUCUGCUGCAGUAGCUGCUGCAUUCCUGGCAGAUCUCCACGCCAGGCUACCUGUCAUGUGUGGCCACGUACUGCGCUUCACCAAGAAACCCCUGUACACCACAGCCAGGCUGAGGGAGGCGAGGCAGCUCGUUAUUUCGGGGAAGUUUGACAGCUGCCGCACCACCAAGCAGAGGUCCUUACCGACCAGGGGCAACACCAGCUAG